AUGGUUUUUAUUAAAAGUGCAGUUUGUUCCAGGUUGUGGCCAGAACCGGGAAUUCAAUCAAAUGAAACAUCUUCCGCCACUCGUCAGGCAAGAGUCUUCCCCUUCUAUACUCUCGGAAGAAUUUCGAACUCGGCUUGCACGGGUUCCAACGGUUUAUCGGGAACAUGUCUAAUCCGCGGUGAAUGCGCUGCGGAUGGAGGCAUACCUUCCGGCAGUUGCAGCACGCAAACCGCGCAAGCCGUAUGUUGUGUUUUUGUAGGAACUUGUGGCGGGUCAACAUCUAAUAACGUAACUUAUUUUCAAAAUUCUGGAUAUCCGUCACCGUACAAUGGGGGUGGAAGCUGUUCGUUCACGGUCAUCCCACCUGAUAACACAGUCUGCCAGCUGAGGAUCGACUUUCGCGCAUUUUCGUUGUCACAACCGGAUGCGACUGGAGCAUGUGUAGUGGACAAUAUUCAAAUAUCUGGUGCGAGCUCCCGAGUCCCCGUCAUUUGUGGGGAUAAUAAUGGACAACACAUUUACGCUUCGUUCAGUGGCCAGAGUUCGAUUACCAUAAGAGUUGCGAUGACUGCAACGACCUCCUUCAACCGACUAUGGAACCUUCAGUUGACUCUGAUUUCGUGUACUAGUGCGUUCAAAGCUCCUGCUGGAUGUUUGCAGUAUUUCUUAGACAGCACAGGAGAGGUAUCCAGUCUCAACUAUGGUUCAGCUGCAAAUCCUGCAUUGAAUGCAUUGGGAAUGGCUGGAACUCGACAAAUUGCGAACUCAAAUUAUGGAGUCUGCAUUCGAAGUGGGGCUGGACAAUGUUCGAUCACAUAUACUUUGCCAACGGGCGACCCGUUUGCGUUUACCUUAACGAACGACGUUACGGCUGUACCGGUUGCAAAUCUGGGUACUGGAUUGGUGGGUAGUCAAGGAAUCGCUUGCACUACAGAUUAUUUGAUAAUUCCUAAUCCAGUGGGUAUUGCUGCCGAUCGAUUCUGCGGAUUAGGUUUGGACCCUAUUACAAGUAAUACACUGCCUUUUAGUUUAUUCUAUAUAACUGAUGCAAACGAUAAUGGCGAUGUGGCGAAUCGAGGAUUUCGAUUGGAAUAUGCGCAAAAUGCUUGCCCAGUUUCGGGGACGGGUUGA